GGGGGAGGCCAAAGAUGGCGGCCGUAGUGCGGAUCCAAAGCGACUGGGCUCAGGUCCUGAGAAGGAACGAGGCUGAGGUCUGGCUGAGCUGUCACUCCCCAGGGAAACCCACUUUGUAUGGCACCUUGACUUGCCAGGGCCUGGGACCGGAUGGGGUGCCGGAGGUCACCGCCUCGGAAGGAUUUGUCGUGAGCGAAGUCGCUAAGAAAAGCAUACAUAUUUCAUGUCCAGAGGAAAAUGCAUCAUCCAGAUUCUUGGCCCCACAGGCCACCUUUCCCAGGAUUCACACGCAGAGUGUUACGUGUCUGGACGUCUCCAGCGGGGGUGGGCUGGGCGUGAGCGCCAGCACGGACGGGACCAUGAAGAUCUGGCAGGCGGCCAAUGGAGAGAUCAGAAGACUGUUGGAAGGCCAUGUGCUUGAUGUGAAUUGUUGCAGGUUUUUCCCAUCAGGCCUUGUGGUUCUGAGUGGUGGGAUGGACGCCCAGCUGAAGGUCUGGUCAGUAGAAGAUGCCAAAUGUGCAGUCACCUUCAAAGGUCACAAAGGAGGGAUCCUGGACACAGCCAUCGUGGAGCGCGGUCGCAACGUGGUUUCCGGUUCUCGGGACGGCACGGCCCGGCUGUGGGACUGCGGGCGAUCGGCUAGCUUGGGCGUCUUGGCCGCCUGCGGGACCCCUGUCAACGGCGUGGCCGUGGGGCCCGCCGACAACUCGCUGAACCUCGGCACCCCCGAGAGGAUUCCCAGCGAGCGAGAGGUCGGGACGGAGGCGAAGCUGCUGCUUCUCGCCCGUGAGGACCGCAAGCUGCAAGCAGUUGGAUUGCAGAGCAGGCAGCCGGUCUUCCUCUUCGAGGGGUCCGACGCUUUCAACUGCUGCGCUUUCCUCUCCUCCGUCUACGUCCUGGCUGGCACCCAGGACGGGAACGUCUACCAGCUGGAUGUGAGGAAUACCAGGACCCCCAUCCAGGUGGUCCGCCGAUCCGGGGCCCCGGUGCACUCGCUGCUGCCGUACAGAGAUGGCUUCGUCACCAGCCACGGCGACGGGAGCUGCUUCGUCACCCUGCAGGACCUGGACCACCUCAUCGAGCUGACCGGUGUGGACUGCGACCCCGUCUACCAGGUGGCCGCGUGGGAGAAGCAGAUCUACACCUGCUGUCGCGACGGGCUGGUGCGCCGGUAUCAGCUCUCCGACCUCUGAUGGUUGCCGUGCUGCAACCUCCUUGGGCCCAGAUGCCGCGACCCCCGCAACCCCCGCACCCCGACCCUGCGGGACCCUGGGCCGCUGCAGCUCCGGCU